GGCAAUGACAGCGGCGAGUGUGCCACGCGUGUCCAUGUAAAUAAAUACAACCUCGCAAGCGCAGCGAGCAGACGUUGGCCUGGAUCGCGCGGCGGUGAUCGGCAGCGUUGACGGCAACCUUUCCGCUGGCCAGAGAGUCGAGAGCAAGCAAGCAAGCAGAAGCAGCUCCACAUUUCCCACAGUUGAGACGGGCCCUGUCACCCACGACUCGACCACCAGGGAGCGGAUAUCCGCCGACCACUUUGUGUCCGGCAGACUAGCAGACCAUCUGCAUCAUCCUCCUUCACUGCUCCGCUGUUUGGCAGUGAACCUGCUCGUGAGCUGCCACCCCUUAUCAUCCAUCCUCUCGCAUCGGCCGCUGCAGCACGAGCUGCAUCCCCACCCUUAGGUUCACGAGCUCGCUUACAUAUCACCACACCCGUCCCCCCAAAUCGCCGCCCUCCGCACUCCUCGCUCUUUCCGAGCCGCACCCGAGUGCAUCCUCACGACAGCAAUGGCAUGUCGGCUGUGACGGCCCAGCGACACACCUCUGCCAGCAUGCCGUCCGCCACAUCAGAGCCGGGCAGCGGGAAGCGGGUCUUCAGCAGCACCAGCAAGAAUUCGGCGAACGGGACACACAGCACUGGCCAGAAGAUCAAGAACUUCUUCCGCCUGCCCAGCAAGUCUCAUGCCAACAAUGGCAUCGACUCGGAGAAGGGCUCCCUAGCCGAAGGGCAGCAAGAUGGGGCGAGAACGCCGCAGUCCACGAACAACAAAAGCAGUCUCCGGAACAGCCGCUUCCUGCCUCACAUCGGUCGGAGUAGGAGCACGACUGUCGCCAGCGAGGGCAAUCCACUCGACGAUGCCAUGAGUCCGACUGCUCAUGCCAACCCAUACUUUCAACACCAAGGUCCUCCCGCUCUCCGCCACCAUGACGACAGUAGCAUCCCGCCUUCUCCUCCCGAUACGCCCACCAUGUCGAGAAAGAUUUCCCCCGAGAACGCCGGUAAAGACGCCAAUGGAACCAGCGGAAAGGAAGAGCUAGCGAGGAAACUGCGCAGAGUGGCGAGUGCACCAAAUGCACAAGGCCUGUUCAAUAAAGGCAAGGAUGCGAACGGGGACAGACCGCCUACAGCAGACACUGCGGAAAUGCCUAUGCCCAAAAUCAAUGGUAUGGGGUCGCACGCCAAUGCCAGUACGCUGAGUAUGGUUGAAACGAUGCCGGCCAAUGGCGAUCUCCUUCCCGUGCCUGGCAUCGAUGGUGCCAUCACCCCUGGCAAGCUCCGGAACAGUAUCGCCUUCAGAAGGACUUACAGUAGUAACAGUAUUAAGGUCCGGAAUGUGGAGGUCGGGCCCAGCAGUUUCGACAAGAUUAAAUUGAUUGGAAAGGGAGAUGUCGGCAAAGUGUACCUGGUGAGAGAGAAGAAGAGCUCGAGGUUAUACGCCAUGAAGGUGCUCUCGAAGAAGGAGAUGAUCAAGCGCAACAAGAUUAAGCGCGCACUGGCCGAACAGGAAAUCCUGGCGACGAGCAAUCACCCAUUCAUCGUCACCUUGUACCACUCAUUCCAGUCAGAGGACCACUUGUAUCUCUGUAUGGAGUACUGUAGCGGAGGCGAGUUCUUCAGAGCUUUGCAAACUCGUCCGAACAAAUGUGUGGACGAAGAUGCGGCACGAUUUUACGCCGCUGAAGUCACGGCUGCGCUGGAGUACUUGCACCUUAUGGGUUUCAUUUACCGAGACUUGAAGCCUGAGAAUAUCCUCCUGCAUCAGUCCGGACAUAUAAUGCUGAGCGACUUCGAUCUUUCCAAACAGUCCGACCCAGGUGGUGGCCCAGUCAUGAUCAUGGCUGGUGGCCGUGGCGCGAGUGGCGGCAUUUCGAGCAAUCCAAAUCCCAGCAACAUGCCUACGAUCGACACGAAAAGUUGUAUCGCCAACUUCCGAACCAACUCGUUCGUCGGUACUGAAGAGUACAUUGCACCAGAAGUAAUUAAGGGUUGCGGACACACGAGUGCAGUGGACUGGUGGACGCUGGGAAUCCUGAUAUACGAAAUGUUGUUUGGCACAACGCCGUUCAAGGGCAAGAACAGGAAUGCCACAUUCGCGAAUAUUCUUCGCGAUGAAGUUCCGUUUCCCGAGGGCAACGGAGCGCAGAACAUUUCAAACCUCUGCAAAUCAUUGAUUCGCAAACUCCUCAUCAAGGACGAACUUCGACGACUUGGUUCUCGCGCCGGUGCAUCCGAUGUCAAGGCCCACCCAUUCUUCCGCACUACCUCGUGGGCACUGCUCCGACAUUCGAAACCACCGAUCAUUCCGAAUCAGGGCCGCGGCAUUGAUACUGUCAAUUUCAGGAACGUCAAAGAAUCUCAGAGCAUUGACCUGGGCGGUGGCGGCGGUACCAAUAAGGGCUUUGGCGUGAGUGCGAGCAAGAUGAAGGGCGUGCCUCUCGACUCAGGCUUGGAGACACCAGGUGGCGAGAUUGCGGACCCGUUCGAAGAGUUCAACAGUGUUACAUUACAUCAUGAUGGAGAUGACCAGGGGCCUCAUCUUGAAGAAACAAACGGCCAUCGAUAGCGUUGGCGCUCGCAGCUGACGACACUCGCUGGACGAACUACAGAGCAGAGAGCGUCACGGCGGGAAAAGAAAGAUGAUAAUAUUCCCGCUCAUUGCAUUUCCGAACAGCCCCAAAAGCAGACCGUCUCGGACCAUCGGCGCUAGAGGAGCCUCAGAAUGAGGUCCGCUCAUCAUUGUAAAUAUUCUUUGCACAGGUACAGGCGUUUUUAUGAGGGAACGUGUGGGACUGGACCAGGGGCGAGGUGAAUUUGUGUGACAAAAUCAGGAGUUCAAAGGUCAGGUCAGGCACGGCAGCGGGCGAAAGUUGUGAAAUCGGAGCUGGACCGCCAAGAGCCAGCACUGUUGAUGAUGAAAUCCUAUAUGAGUGGAAGUAUUGAAUUGUUUCACAAGUCUAGCGUAACCCUGUGUCAAACCAC